AGGGAUGGAAGAAGCAAGUCUGUGCCUUGGAGUGUCCUCGGCGGCGCCGGAAGCCGAGCCCCACCUGAGCGGCCCCGUCCUCAAUGGCCAGUAUGCCAUGAGUCAGAAGCUGCACCAGAUCACCUCGCAGCUCAGCCAUGCCUUCCCCGAGCUGCAUCCGCGUCCCAACCCCGAGGAGAAGAACCCUGCGCCCCUGGAAGAGAAGGCCCACUUGCCCAUGAGUGGCCAGCCCAUGGGCAGUCAGAUGGCACUCCUGGCCAACCAGCUCGGCCGGGAGGUCGACACCAGCCUCAAUGGGCGGGUGGACCUGCAGCAGUUCCUCAACGGGCAGAACCUGGGCAUCAUGUCCCAGAUGAGCGACAUCGAGGACGAUGCCCGCAAAAACCGCAAGUACCCUUGCCCCCUCUGUGGCAAGCGCUUCCGCUUCAACAGCAUCCUCUCCCUGCAUAUGCGGACCCACACCGGCGAGAAGCCCUUCAAGUGCCCCUACUGCGACCACCGGGCGGCUCAGAAGGGGAACCUCAAGAUCCACCUGCGCACCCACAAGCUGGGCAACCUGGGCAAGGGGCGCGGGCGAGUGCGUGAGGAGAACCGCCUGCUGCAUGAACUGGAGGAGAGAGCUAUCCUGCGGGACAAGCAGAUGAAGAGCAGCCUGCUGCAGCCCCGGCCUGACCUGAAGCCCCCGCCGCACACCCAGCAGGCCCCGCUGACCGCCUGCCACCUAGCCCUGCCCGCCAACCACAGCACGCCGGACGUCGCCAACCCGGCGCCCUCGCCCAAGCCGGCCAGCGUGCAGGAGGACGCGGUGGCCCCGGCGGCCGGCUUCCGCUGCACCUUCUGCAAGGGCAAGUUCAAGAAGCGGGAGGAGCUGGACCGCCACAUCCGCAUCCUGCACAAGCCCUACAAGUGCACGCUCUGCGACUUCGCGGCCUCGCAGGAGGAGGAGCUCAUCAGCCAUGUGGAGAAGGCCCACAUCACGGCCGAGUCGGCCCAGGGCCAGGGCCCCAGCGGCGGCGGGGAGCAGUCAGCCAACGAGUUCCGCUGCGAGGUGUGCGGCCAGGUGUUCAGCCAGGCCUGGUUCCUCAAGGGCCACAUGCGGAAGCACAAGGACUCCUUCGAGCACUGCUGCCAGAUCUGCGGCCGGCGCUUCAAAGAGCCCUGGUUCCUGAAGAACCACAUGAAGGUACACCUCAACAAGCUGUCCGUGAGGAACAAGUCCCCCAGCGACCCCGAGGUGCCCGCGGGCAGCAUGUCCCAGGAUGCCCACGCCAACCUGUACUCCAGGUACCUCUCCUGCCUGCAGAGCGGCUUCAUAGCCCCAGACAAGGCGAGCCUGAGUGAGCCCAGCCAGCUCUACGGCAAAGGGGAGCUGCCCAUGAAGGAGAAGGAGGUCCUGGGGAAGCUGCUGUCUCCCGUCUCCAGCAUGGCCCACGGCGUCCCCGAGGGGGACAAGCACUCCCUCCUGGGGUGCCUCAACCUCGUGCCUCCACUGAAAUCCAGCUGCAUCGAGCGGUUACAGGCGGCGGCCAAGGCGGCGGAGAUGGACCCGGUGAACAGCUACCAGGCUUGGCAGCUCAUGGCCAGGGGCAUGGCGAUGGAACAUGGCUUCUUGUCGAAAGAGCAUCCGCUACAGCGCAACCACGAGGACGCUUUGGCAAACGCCGGAGUGAUGUUUGAUAAGGAGAAGCGGGAGUACGUGUUAGUGGGAGCAGAUGGCUCCAAACAGAAAAUGCCUGCUGACUUGGUUCACAGCACUAAAGUGGGCAAUCAGAGAGACCUGCCAAAUAAGCUCGACCCUUUAGAAGGCAGUCGGGAUUUUCUGUCACACGGGCUGAACCAGGCGCUCGAUUACAACCUGCACGGUCACGGGAACAUGAAGGAGAAGCCCACCGAGUGCCCCGACUGCGGCCGGGUGUUCCGCACCUACCACCAGGUGGUCGUGCACUCCCGCGUCCACAAGCGGGACCGCAAAGGUGAUGAGGACGGGCUGCACGCCUGCCUGGACGAGAGGCGUGGCUCUGGCAGUGACCAGGAGUCCCAGUCGGUCAGUCGCUCCACCACGCCAGGCUCCUCCAACGUCACCGAGGAGAGCGGCGUCGGCGGCGGCCUCUCCCAGACCGGGAGUGCCCAGGAGGACAGUCCGCACCCCUCCUCGCCGUCCUCCUCAGACGUUGGCGAGGAGGCUGGGAGAGCCACCGGUGUCCAGCAGCCCGCGCUGCUUCGCGACAGGAGCCUGGGCUCGGCCAUGAAGGACUGCCCGUACUGCGGGAAAACCUUCCGGACGUCUCAUCACCUAAAGGUCCACCUGAGGAUACACACAGGUGAGAAACCCUACAAAUGUCCCCACUGCGACUAUGCCGGCACCCAGUCAGCGUCCUUAAAAUACCACCUAGAACGACACCAUCGGGAGCGACAGAACGGGGCCGGGGCUCUGUCUGGACAGCCCCCAAGCCAAGACCACAAGGAGGAGAUGCCCAACAAAGCCUCAUUGUUUAUCAGACCAGACAUCCUCAGGGGUGCCUUCAAGGGCCUCCCUGGAAUUGACUUUAGAGGGGGCCCUGCCUCUCAGCAGUGGACCUUGGGGGUGCUCUCAUCGGGAGACCAUUCGGGGCCGGCCACCGGCAUGUCGUCCGAGGCUCCUUCAGACACUCUGAAAGGCGCUGACCUUCCUUCCAAAAGUACCCACUUCUCUGAAAUUGGAAGAGCUUAUCAAAGCAUUGUGAGCAAUGGUGUGAGUUUCCAGGGGUCCUUGCAAGCAUUCAUGGACAGCUUUGUCCUCAGCUCUUUGAAGAAGGAGAAGGAAAUGAAGGACAAAGCCCUGUCUGACCCUCAUUCCAUGAAAGUCCACGGGGCAGAGGGUGGCGAGGAGAAGCCCAGUGGUAAAUCCUCCCAGAGGAAGUCUGAGAAAUCUCAGUACGAACCUCUAGAUCUGUCUGUGAGGCCAGACGCCGCCUCCCUUCCAGGCUCAUCGGUGACUGUUCAAGACAACAUCGCAUGGCAUGGCUGCUUAUUUUGUUCUUUCACAACAUCCUCCAUGGAACUUAUGGCCCUUCAUCUCCAGGCCAACCACCUCGGCAGGGCGAAACGCAAAGAUAACGCCUUGGGGAUGCCCAUCAAUUGCAAAGAGCAAGCCAGGGAGGCGAGUAAAAUGGCUGUGCUACCCACAGUACAAUCAAGCAAAGAGUUGGGGCUCUCCCAUGUGAUUGGCCCUCUAGACUCUGCUUCUGAGAAGAUCGCCCAAGGGCAGGUCAAGGAGACUAUGGGGGAGCAGAAGAGCGGCACGUGGUCCCGCCACGUGGACCCUGCGUUUUGUAACUUCCCAUCAGACUUCUACAAGCAGUUCAGCGUUUACCCAAGUGUGGCUGGCUCGGGACCCUCCAGUGUCUGUCCCAGCAGCGAGCCUGGUGGGAAGGUCCCCCCUGAAGAUGAAGCCCCCAUCCUGAUCCCCGAAACCACAAAUCAGAACACUGGUGAUGACCUGUCCGACAUUGCCUCCUCCGAGGACAUGGACUCCUCCAAGGGGGGGAACAACGAAGAGGAGGACAUUGAGACUGAACCUGAAAUGAUGACCAACCCCGUGUCUGCCCUCAGCAAGGACAGCGGUGAUGGCGGGGACAGCCUGCUGCCCACGGGCACCCCCCAGCCCGCCCAGGGACUCGUGUCACCUCUACCGCAAGCGUCCGAGAAGCAGUGGCACAGCCCAAGCCUCCUUCCAGCCCAGGAGACCUCGGCGGGCCUGCCAAAGCGCGAGCGGGGGCCCUCGGGCCUGGAGAAGCCCAUGAACAUGCUGUCGGUCCUCAGGGCCUACAGCUGCGAUGGCUUAGCAGCCUUGAACGGACUUGCGAGUAGCACAGCGAGUUCUGGAUGUGGCAAGAGGCCAGACUUGUGUGACGAUUCUCAAUGACUGAUUGCAAGAGGUAUUCCAGACAGGUCACAGGCCCUUCCAGUGCCGAUACUGUCCCUACAGUGCCUCUCAGAAGGGGAACCUGAAGACCCACGUCCUCUGCGUUCAUCGCAUGCCUUUUGACAACAGCCAGUAUCCCGACCGCAGGUUCAAGCGCUCCAGAGUCGACACAGAGGCUGCUGGGAGUUUCGAGGAACCCCCAGCUGGCAAGGCCGGGAGCUCCGCUGAGCUAACGGAGGAGGGUAGCAAGGCCCAGGAGGAGCGCAACUGAGCGAACCAAUCCGUAUAUUGCAAUAUUAUUUUACACCGUGUUAAGGUUAUGCAAUUGGUAAAAAAAAAAAAAAAAAAAAAAGAGUUUUGCUAACUGCAUUCCAAGCAAAAAAAAAAAAAAAAUCAUGUACAACCCUCCCUCCCCACCCACAAGUGUAUAGAACAUAAAAAGAUUUUAAAUAUAUCUAUAUAUAUAUUAAAAAAAAAAAAAAACCCAGCCCUUGAAAAUGGCUGCUAAACUGUUACCCGGCAACAAGGCCUUCCAAAUAACGCAGGUGGGAGAAAAGUGAUUUCAAAAACACUUGGUGUCCUCCGGGCUGCCCGAGGCUGGGGGCUCUUCCAACUCUAAAGUCAUCUUUGUCCAAAAAUAAUGCUCUGAACCGAAAAACGAUACCAUCUCCAUGAUUUAGUGUUGCCUUGAAGAUGGAGGGGCUGUGUUUUCAUUGUUGAAAACACCUUUCGAAUCUGACACCAGCUGCUAUCAUUUGCCUAGCACCGUAAUGAGAUGUCUUGGGCGGAAGCCCCGGUGCCAGUCAGGCUGGAGCGGACACUGCAGAGAAAAUCAAUCCCCGUGGUGUCGCAACUGCACUCUGGCAGAAAUCUUAGACGGCCCGCAGCCAGCGCCGGGGCUGGCCGGCACUGCAGAGGAUGGGAAUAUUAAAUUUUCAUUUUUAAAAAAUCCACCACCGAAUGAAUUGAUGGUCAGGAAGUGUCUGCAGACAAGUGUCCACUGCAGGUUUGAUGAGUAAUUCCUUUUUUUAGAUCCAAUUGCAGUAUUGAGGAAAAGGCUUUUUUCUUGGUUGUCUUUUUUUUUUUUUUUUUGGAUGAAGAAAGAUUGCCACUGAAAACAUAGAGGGUUACAUUAUAUAAAAUGGUGUCUAGAAAUACUAGCCAACCCUAUCCACAGAAGGUGCUGAUGAGAAGUUGAAAUUUACGUACUAAUACAAAGAUUGUUUUUUAUUAUGAUUUAGAAAUUUUUACCCCAAUGAAGACUGCCCUAGUCCUCAUCAGAAUUUUUGUGUGUGUUUCUUUUUAUAAGAGUCACAGACGUAAAGCACGAUUUUCUUCUGCAGCAGGCUUGUAGAAAAUAGCUUGUAUUAAAAUCCAGAUCUAACAUCCUGCUCUCUAUCUCUAAUGGAGACAACUGUUUGCAUUAAGAUGUCUGUUUUUGUAAAACAAAUGUAUUCUAUAUUUUUGUAGAUUUUAGAUUUUCUACUGAUUGGAUACUCCAAAUUGAUCAAGUUCCACACCACACCAAGGGAGAUUUUCAGGGCCAAUAACGAAACGCUUAACUCAUUUUUAACCACGAUUCAAGAAGACUAGUUAAAGGCUUACUCUUGACUCUGCUGAGAUAGUGUAAAAAUUCAGCCUUUUCACACACUUCCUUUGACUGACACGAAAUUGGUGCUGUUGCUUGUGAUGGUAGAGAAGUAUUGAAGUAUUCACUUCUUCUAAGAAAAACAAAAUCAUUCAGACUUUUAAAAAAAAAAAAAAAGUCACUAUUUCCUUGCAGGCUGGGAGCACAGAAUAAAAACCCCAGGGCCUUAAAAACUUCAACUCUGCCUACAGCAGUGUACAAAAAUACUAAACUGCAAUCAACGUAAAUAAAAAUCUUAGCGCUACCCUGAGACCAGAAAAACUCUCAGGCUCAUAAGGAAUAGGGUUUGCAUAUGCUCUCGGAAGGGUGUCAUCUAAUGGAGCUUUCCGUUUCAAUGAGGUCGCCGUGCCACGUGGACCCAUCUGGCAGAGAGCAAGCUGCUUUCUUGCUUUUCUAGUAUAGUUCUCACUGCCUUACUUAAAUCGAGUUGAUAAACUUAAUGCAACUGUUUCUCUGAUCCUCGAGAAAGGAUUGAAAUGUUAUUGGAAACUUUCUGACUGUAGUAAAGCUUUAGAAUUUAACUGCACUACCGUGUUUGGUGAGUGUGGCAGUUGCUUGCUUCCCGUGUGUUUGCCCCGCCUUUGGUAUCUUAGCAAAGAAAAAGAAAAAAAGAAAAAAGAAAAAAAAAAAAAGAAGGAAAAAAAUAGAAGAGAGCUACAUUCCAUUUCGAUAAGCACUUCGGGAGCUCUUUUGGUAUUCUUUUGUGUCUUCUGAGCAUCGUCAGAUGCGACAGGCAAUAAUUCUGUUUGUGACAUUGGGACCAUCCCCUCUUUGUGGCGUGUGUGUUCAUUCCAUUUCGUCCAAUGCUACCGUCCUUCCUUCCCCCUGUGCCACAGGCCUUCUUUCCAGAACAUUUGUAACUUGUAACACGAACAAGUGACAGCUGCAGUGAUGGUGUGUCAAUUGCUCAAUGCCAUCAGGUUCUCAUAUCUAAACAUGUCAAGUUUUCCCCUGUAACUUCUGUAGUCUGUGAUGCUGGUCAUAAUACUGUCGACAUUCCUACGCAAAGAAAAAAAAAAUCUAUCUCGGAGGAAAUCUGAGAUGGAUAGCGUAGAGGAUUUUGUUGCUAUGCUUGUAACAAGUAGAAGACUUUGUAUUUAAAGUUUAUUCUUGGUCAUUAUUUAUUAUUAUAAUACAUCAGUUGACAGAACUUUAUUCUGGUAUAGAAAGUAUUAAAAGUUGUUUUUUCAGCAAUGACUGUUUUCUUUCUGCUGUUAGAAUAAAAUGUCUUUGAAGCAGUCCAGUUUUA